GCCAGCCCUUAGGCUUACGACGGCUGAAGUUCUUGCUGCAAAAGAUCCUGGACUCUGAAGCUCCCCUUUGUGACCAAUGGGAGUCCGGCGGCGCUUGGAAGCCUGCUGACAGUGCACCGGACAUCGUGCCUUCCUCGCUUGAAGAGGAACGUCGUGAGUCUUGGAUCACGGAGUACGCUUCCCUUGAUGUGAUACUGAAGGAGUUUCCCCAGGUUGCAUUAGGAAGCCUCGGCUUGGUGCUCGCGGAAGGGCGCCCUCCCAGACUGGUUGUGGACUCCAGCAUCAGUGCUGUUACCUCCCCUUCUGUGUUUCCCAAUCACGUUUCCAAUCCUCGCAUUGAGGAUGUGUCUUCUUGUGCACCUUCCUUCGUGCCGUCAGAUCCCUGGAUGGGUACUUCCGUCGAUGUGAAGAAGGCUCGCCGUCGCAUGAAGAUUGCGCAGCACGAGAGGGCUCUGCUUGCAUUCUCCUUCAGGGGGCGCCAGUUUGUCAGCAACUGCCUCAGCUCUGGUGUCCGUGCUUUGUCUUGGUACUGGGCUCGCCUGGCCGGUGCCACACACCGGGUCACACACUACAUCAUAUUUCCGAGGCACUUUCUUUGGGUCUAUGUUGACGACCUGAGCCACUGA